AUGUCAAUCACAAGCUUGCCUUUAGAGUUGUUGAACUUUAUUUGUGAGUAUCUUGAGCCUCAGGAUUGGGGCGCGCUCAGGAUAACUUGCCGCCAUAUACACGGCAACACACUCGAAGCCUAUACAACGCGAUACUUCAAAAGAAUAUCGCUUCUUCUCACUCGUGAAGGCCUUGACCGCCUGGAGCAUAUUGCAAGCAGUAAAACUCUUCGUGGCUCGGUCGAAGAAAUCUGGAUCAUCCCGAACUUAUUCGAAAGCGGAAUCCGGUUGGACAAGGCAAAGUUUACAAACAUGGAAAAUAGGAACCAUCAGUUGAGAUGGGGAGGUAUUUCAACAAUGGCAAAAUCGGAUGAAACUCAAGCUGAGCUUUUGGCUUUUGUUGUCUAUAAAGCUAUAAUGAAAGAACAACAAGCCAUUCUCGAUUCCUGGGGUUUCUUUGGUACCCUUGAAAAAUGCCUACCGCGCCUCGAAAACGCUGUUACCUUUGGAGUACGGUUUCACGCAACACAUUUCCUUCUCAAUACAGCCAAGCAUUCUGACUUGACCUGCCUGGGCUUACGUGAAUUGAAGAGCCAGUUCAAUUACAGUGUGUACAAGACGUUUCCAAUGAUUCAGAGAGUGCCGUACAUGCUAUAUGAUUUGCCAUUCUCACAACUGCUGAAUGCCAUAAUCAAAUCCAAUCGAAAGGUCCAAGCCCUCCAGACAUGCGGCCAUGCCUUUCGCGCCUUUCGCAGCGAUCGCCUUUGCGGUAUGAAUUUGAAAUCUUUUCAACUGCCAGAGUCAGAGUAUCAAUUACUGCUUCCACUCUUGAAGGAUCUGACGACUCUACAUAUGUGCAUUCGCCUUAAAGAGUACGAACAAGAAUCAUUCGAUGAAAAGACAUUUAAACGUCUUCUUAAUGUUCUGGUCACAGUUGCACCGACACUUAAAACCCUGACCUUUGCCCAAUGGAGUCCCAUAGAAGAAUUGUCUCCUCUCUACUUUAAAAAUCUCUCUCAAAGAAUUCAGUUUUCCCAACUAGAGGAACUUGAUCUUCAUUCGAUCGAGGUGACGGUGAAUAGCCUAGAAGAGUUUCUACGGACCGCAGCCCCAACCUUGAAACGACUGAGUCUGGAGUUGGUCAGUAUAGUUGAUGGGAUAACAUCAGCACCAGAUCUAGGACCUAUUACCGAAAACAGUGGCAGUUGGGUCUCUGCAUUAUCUGCUGAAGUCAAAAAUGACAUGCAGGGGCUCUGGAAGCGCGUUUUUGAAUCAUGGGCACAACAUCUCAAGCUACAAUACGUCCAACUUUGCAACCUUGGUUACCGGGGAAGAUAUAUCAAGUUGAGAGAUCACUUGUAUACGCAACGCGGGCAGCUGGAUGCACAGCCUUCUCCUGGCCCGAACUCGAAGCCGGAUGCACAGCCUUCUGUCUUGAAUCCCUUAAGCAUCUCUUUUGAUGCCGAGAGGGCGAGUAUACCUUUCGAAAAGUGGAUCACGCAGCUUGAGAUAGAGAUGUGGCAUCGGACAUUCUUUGGAGAUUCCACGCUCCCAGGGACCCGCGACAUCAACGUGCGCCAACCAGGCCGUGAAUUUAGUGGGCAGGUGACUUACGCAUGCAGUUUUGGAAGGUGA